AUGGAGAUACGCAACCGACCUGAUGAAUGGAAAAUCGAACAGGGCUUGUCUGGAGCUAAGCUGCCGUUUCUGGAUCAGACGGGCCCUGAACCAGUGUUUAUCCAGCCCAGAGCAUGGCCGGAGUUGACCAAGGACCAAGCAGCCAUCGAUGCCGUAGGUAACCGUGAUGAGCUGUUUACUCGCGAACUCGAAGGAUGGAAAGGAUACGUGGAAUGGGAGAAAUACCCAGAGAAGAAGGAAAAGGCGCACAAGAUCCUGACCUCCCAGGUGUUUCCACCAAACCCGGAGUUUCAAAUGGGACUUAUUCCAGACACGAACCCCGUGCUCCCAGGCACACACUGGAAAAUGUGGCACCACGCCGUCGGUGGUGAGCUUACUGAUGUCCCUGAAGACUCUUGGAAGACUGUUCUUCGCGAAAAGCAUCCUGAAAUGCUUCAUCUUCUGCAGUUCCCGUACAAUGGAGAACCUCCAAAGAGGCUGGUGACGGAUAAAGCGGUGACGCCGAAUUCGCUUCACUUUGUGCGAAACCACGGCGGCAUUCCACUUAUCGACAAAGACAAGUGGAGGCUGGAUUUGGACGGGUUAGUCAAGAAUCUGCGAACGUUCACCUUUGACGACAUUACGGAUGAGUCGAAAUUUCCUCGCAUCGAAAAGUUUGUCACGAUGCAGUGCUCGGGGACCCGACGGAUUGAGCAAAUCUCCCUCUAUGCAGGCCAGGGAGAUGAGGUCCCUCAGGCUCCAUGGGCCGAGGGGGCCAUAGGCACAGCGAAAUAUCUCGGGAUCAACCUGAAGGAUGUCAUUGAAGCCUGUGGGGGCCUCGUCAAACCAGCCAAACAUCUCGAGCUCUACGGUGCCGAGACCUACUUCAAGGACAACGAAGUGAUGAACUACGUGGUGAGCGUCCCAUGGUCCAAAGUCAAAUACGACGAAGUUCUCCUCUGCUGGGAGAUGAAUGGGGAGCCACUCCCAGCCAUUCACGGCUAUCCGGUGAGAAUCAUGGUGCUGGGGUAUAUUGGUGCUCGAAGCGUGAAAUGGGUGUACAGGAUCAAGGCUAUUGAGAAUCCUUCCCUCGCACCAGUCCAAAGCAAAGAGUAUCUCUAUUUCAACCAGCAGACGGGCAAGCACAACCAACAACCAACGGACGGCAUUCAAAUCCAGGAAAUGCCCGUGAGCUCGGCCAUCAUGUCUCCGUGGACCAAGCAAGUGGUGAUUCACAAUGGCAAGAUUCAUUGCAAAGGCUGGGCGUAUUCAGGCGGUGGGAGAUGGCCAGAGCGUGUCGAACUGUCGGCCGAUGGAGGUUUCAGCUGGUAUGCCGUGCCCAACGCCAACCUCUCCAAGAAGGGCAAAUGGACGUGGAGGACGUGGUCGAUUGAUCUCCCCUGCGACGUGGAAGGCUGGAUCGAAAUUGUCUGUCGAUGCUGGGACAGCUCGUUGAAUACGCAACCCCUGACGGUCCGCGCGGCAUGGAAUUGGGGACUCCACGUCACGCAUUCAGCACACCGGAUCAGCGUCUACAGUAUCAACAAGACCCGAGCGCGCACGGCAGAGAAGCUGAAGCAGUUUGAGGCUACCGGCUCGCCUUUGGCGCCUCUCACCUGGCCCGAGGAAUUCCCCACGCAGAGCUGGGAUGACUACAAGAAAUUCUGGGAGGAGAACGAGCCUCGGGACGUGGAUUGA